AUGUCAUCAUCGUCACCUGCUUCGGAUUGCAAUAGUUUGACGUAUGAUAUAGUGGAUUGUGCACCUUUCCUGCUGAGCGAUGAGAGUGAGAAAACAAUGCCAGACAAUUCAUGUUGCUCAGGGUUUGAAACGGUGCUAAAAACAAAUACCAAGUGCAUUUGUGAAGCCAUGAAGAGCAGCGCUCAUCAGUUUGGCAUCCAUCUCAAUAUGAAGCAGAUGAUGGCUCUUCCUUCUGCUUGUGGGUUGGCUACUGAUUCUCCCUUAAGUCAUUGUGACAUUUCAGUGCUAAAUGAUCAUGAGGCAGCAGCUCUUGCUUAUAACCCUCCUCCUCCAAAACCAGCCCCAAAGAUUGCUCUUCAGAAAGCAUUUCCACCAAACAGUGAUCUACAAGAACUUUCACCAAAGAGUGCUCUACAAGAACUUUCACCAAAGAGUUCUCUACAAGAACUUUCACCAAAGAGUUCUCUACAAGAACUUUCACAAGAGAGUUAUCUACAAGAACUUUCACCAAAGAGUUCUCUACAAGAAUUGUCACCAAAAAGUGCACUACAAGAAAUGUCACCAACAAGUACUAGUGCUUGGCCAAAACCUUCACCACCAAGUUCUAAGGUUCAAGCUUCUGCAUCCUCAAACAAAACUGGAGCCGAAUCCGUUCUUCUCAUUAGUAUUCUUGUUGCUUCAUUCUCUUGUAUCGUAAUUUAG